UCUUGAACUAUAAAUGCAGCAUGGAUGCCUUCACGGAUCCUUUCCCCCAGACUCGGAGCAACGGUGCAGCUGAGAGGAGGCGUCCGCGGAGACCAUGGCACCGAAGAAAGGCAUUCUGGAGCGCCUGGAUGCAGGAGAGGUGGUCAUCGGAGACGGAGGGUUUGUCUUCGCCCUGGAGAAGAGAGGUUACGUGAAAGCGGGGCCGUGGACUCCAGAGGCCGCGGCCGAAUACCCCGAAGCAGUGCGGCAGCUGCACAGGGAGUUCCUGAGAGCUGGCUCUAACGUCAUGCAGACCUUCACCUUCUAUGCCAGCGAUGAUAAACUGGAGAACAGAGGGAACACUCAGCGCUUCACUGGGGAGCAAAUUAACGAGGCGGCUUGCGACCUGGCCAGGGAGGUGGCCGACGAGGGCGACGCUCUGGUGGCGGGCGGAGUCUCGCAGACGCCCUCGUACCUCAGCUGCAAGAGCGAGGAAGACGUCAAGGCCAUCUUCAAGAAGCAGAUUGACGUCUUCGUCAAGAAAAACGUCGACUUCCUGAUCGCAGAGUACUUUGAGCACGUGGAGGAGGCUGAGUGGGCCGUUCAGGUUCUGAAGACCUCUGGAAAACCCGUGGCUGCGACUCUGUGCAUCGGACCUGAGGGAGACCUGAAUGGAGUCAGUCCUGGGGAAUGCGCCGUCAAGCUUGUGAAAGCAGGGGCAAACAUUGUCGGCAUCAACUGCCACUUUGACCCAGAGACCUGCGUGAAGACCGUGAAGCUGAUGAAGGAGGGAGUGGAAAAGGCCGGGCUGAAGGCCCACUACAUGACCCAGCCGCUGGGCUACCACACUCCCGACUGCAACCGACAAGGAUUCAUCGAUCUUCCCGAGUUCCCGUUCGCCCUGGAGCCCAGAAUCCUGACCAGAUGGGAGAUGCAGAAAUACGCCCGGGAUGCGUACAACGCCGGCAUUCGUUAUAUCGGCGGGUGCUGCGGGUUUGAGCCCUACCACAUCCGUGCUGUUUCUGAAGAGCUGGAACCUGAGCGGGGAUUCCUUCCUGCCGGCUCCGAGAAGCACGGCAAAUGGGGCACCGGCUUGGAGCUGCAUACCAAGCCCUGGGUCAGAGCCAGAGCCCGUCGGGAAUACUGGGAGAAACUACAGCCCGCCUCCGGGCGGCCAUUUUGUCCUUCGAUGUCCAAACCCGACUGCUGGGGUGUCACCAAGGGGCACGCCGAGCUGAUGCAACAGAAAGAGGCCACCUCCAAGGAGCAGCUGAAAGUGCUCUUUGACAAGGCCACCCAAAAUGCCUGAGCUCCCCGUCCCUGUUCCUGACACCCCAAAAUAAAUCCUCCUCUGAAUAAAAGCAGAAAAAAAUGAGUGACAUUCCCUCAAACUUCACAAACCCAAACUGUCUAAUCUAACCCCGUCUCCCGAGUAUCUUUUAGGACUCAACAAGCAGUCUGAGUCGGAUCAUAAACCAUGUCAAGUUACUGUACUGCAAGCUUCAAACUCAUGCCAUAACACUCCAAAAGUCUGAUGUUGUGUGAAACAAUAAAUGAACGAAUAAAUCAAGCGAACCAAA